GGGAAACAUGCUGCGAUACCUUGACGUUUACUUACUCAGUCGCAAAUUGACGCGUCUCAGGUGUACGUCCAAGUGUUUAGUACCAGGUGUCAGAAAGUCUCACCCAAUCGGCGGCGAUCGAGUCAGCGAAAUCAUCUCAUUGAUAAGACAAUCGACUGUUUUCAGCACUUGCCGACAUCUCAUCUUAUUUUACAGAUUUUUUGUAUUGAGAACACAUCCUUUGAGCAACAUGGUUGGAGUGACACAGAAACCUUGGACACCUACGAAAAGACGAGGUCCGAUUGCCGCCGAAUAUAGCAGCCCAGGGCCAGCCUGUGUAACUUUACCGCCGCUAAUCGGAAAAACAGUUCCAGAUUCUAAACGGGAAAGGGCACCAGCAUUUUCCUUUGGCAGCAGGCACACGAUGAAUAAUAAUAGCCCUGGACCUGGCCCUGGACAAUACAAUAUUUCCGGACUUAGUGCGAAAGGAAAGGAUGCCGCACCCGCCUUGUCGCUACAUGGCCGAACGAAAUCGACGAAACCGGAAAUUACACCGGCACCGGGCGAUUACGAUCCGCAAAAGGCGCAAAAAUUAAUUCUGGAUAGUUCGCCAAAAUACUCCUUUGGUGUUAAGACGCAACUCGAGAAAAUUAGCUGCACACCCGCAUUGACCGACUAUCGCACUGAAAUUGUAAAUCUCUACUGCAAAGUAGCAGCAGCGUUCAGUUUUGGUGUAAAAGCUGUGUCGGAAAAACCGAGUGAUAUUCCUGCUCCAGGUAUUUAUCAUCCCGAGAAAACGAGGCUGGACACUAUGCCGCAGUUCACGUUCGGACUUAGAACAUCGCUCGAUAAACCGAGCGAUACGCCAGCACCCGGAACGUACAGUCCGGAGAAAGUGCACCUGGAGAAGGGUCCGCAGUACAGUUUGACUGGUAAAGGCCGAAUCGAGAAAUGUAACGAAACACCAGCACCAGGCGCGUAUUGUCCCGAAAAGGUGAGGCUGGAUCCGUCACCACAGUUCAGUUUCGGACUAAGGCCUGCUGUGGAGAAGCCGAGUGAUACACCGGCACCCGGUACUUACAGUCCCGAAAAGGUCAAUCUGAAUCGAGGACCUCAAUACAGCUUGAGUGGAAAGGGACUUAUCGAAAAACCCGCCGACACACCAGCGCCUGGAACAUACAGUCCCGAGAAAGUUAAAUUGGAUACUACGCCGCAAUACAGUUUCGGAAUUAGGCCUUCUCUUGAGAAACAUAGUGAUACUCCAGCACCGGGUACUUACAGUCCGGAAAAGGUAAAUUUAGAUAGGGGGCCGCAAUACAGUUUGAUUGGCAGAGGAUCUGUCGAGAAGCCUGCGGAUACACCAGCGCCCGGCGCAUAUUCCCCUGAGAAAGUCAGAUUGGAUAAUACACCGAGAUACAGUUUCGGAAUUAGACACGCUCCAGACAAAGCCAGCGAUACGCCAGCGCCGGGUACUUAUAGUCCAGAAAAGGUAAAUUUAGAUAAAGGGCCGCAGUACAGUUUGACGGGCAAAGGACCCACCGAAAAACUCGCAGAUACACCAGCACCUGGUACAUAUUCACCCGAGAAAGUAAAAUUAGAUAACACGCCGCAAUACAGUUUCGGUCUUAGACCUCUCCUGGACAAGCCUAGCGAUACACCAGCACCUGGAACUUAUAGUCCAGAAAAAGUGAAUUUGGAUAAAGGACCGCAGUACAGCUUGACCGGCAAACGGUCUGUCGAGAAACCUGCCGACACACCAGCACCUGGCGCAUACUCACCUGAGAAGGUGAAAUUGGACACCACACCAAAGUACAGCUUCGGACUUAGAACGUCUCUCGAUAAACCCAGUGAUACGCCAGCGCCUGGUACUUAUAGUCCAGAGAAAGUAAAUUUGGACAAAGGACCGCAGUAUAGUUUGACUGGCAAAGGAACCGCACCGAAACCUGAUGACAUUCCCGCGCCUGGCACGUACAGUCCCGAGAAAGUAAAUUUGGACAAGGGACCGCAGUACAGUUUGACCGGAAGAGGAACACCGGGAAAAUUGAAUGACAAUCCAGGCCCCGCUGAUUACAAACCAGAGAAAGCUCUAAAUCUGGAACAUAAACCUUAUUACAGUUUUGGUAAUAGGAAACCUUUGGAUAAACCUAGAGAUACACCAGGCCCUGCCGAUUAUACUCCGGAGAAAGUUCUAAAUCUGGAACAUAAAUAUUAUUUCAGUUUCGGUAGUAGAAAACCUCUCCAUAAGCCUCGCGAUACACCAGGCCCUGGUAGUUACAAUCCGGAAAAAGUUCAACAUUUGGAACAUAAACCUUAUUUCAGUUUUGGUAAUAGGACGCCCUUGCAUAAAUCUAGCGAUACACCAGCUCCCGGUACGUACAGUCCCGAGAAAGUAAACAUAUCUAAGUCGCCGCAAUACAGCUUCGGCGUUAAAACCGAAAUCCACGAGAAGGAUACUAUACCAGGUCCUGGCGAGUAUAGUCCGGAAAAAGCAAUGCUUUUGUUGGAGAAAGCAUUGCAAUUUACUUUUGGCCUCAGACCGCCCAUGAGUAGGCCAGAUGACGUCCCAGCGCCUAACAUCUAUAACAUCCCUUCCGCCCUCGGUACAACCAAGGAAGGUAACAAGAAAGCAGCGCCCGCUUAUUCGAUAUCCGGUAGGCAAAAGGUUUUUACGGACGAUCGCGUUCUCGUACCCGGGCCAGGUGCAUAUGAAACCAUCAGACCGGAUGCAAUCAGACCGAAAAGUCCGGCAUAUAGUAUAAGCGCUCGUUUUCCAUUGCCCGACGACCAUUCGCAGAUCCCAGGACCCGGAGCGCAUUGUCCGGAAAAGGUGCUUCUCGACAUUCCUCCUGCGCAUACAUUUGGCAUCAAGCACUCGGCAUAUAUUUGUAAUUUGAAGGAUACAGUUUAUUAAUUUCAUCAAUUAGUGACAACUACACACGCACAUAAUAAUUUAUCGAUUAAGACAUGCUCUCUUGCUUUUUUUAAUCUUACAUUAUUUAGUCAGGUCCUUGCUUUUUUCUUUUAUUUUUUUAUUUGAUUACUUUAUUUUAUUAAUUAUUACUAAUUUCAUAUAAAAGAUAUUAGUAAAGAAUGGAUAAAAUCAAAGUUUGUU